UAUACAUAGCGAUUCCGUUCAACAGUUGAGAUGUACGCGAAAAUUGUGUGCCUCACCCUGGUGUUCGCUACAUGCGAAUGUAAUGGUUCUAGAAUAGUUUACAUCGCCGAUCCUCCUGGUGCAGGGAACAGUUCAGACCGUAUACAAAUAGGACCAUUUUCAAACCUCCCCAGCAGUGAUCAAAAUAAUCUACCAUCAGGACAAAUUCCUAACUCUUCCAACAGUGGCCAAACAAAUUUACCAUCAGGACAAAUUCCUAACUUUAUCAACAAUGAUCAAAACAAUGGGCAACUUGGUACAAAUUCAAACCUUCCCAACAAUCUGCAAAAUACUGGACCAGCUACAAUUAUCCAAAAUUUUCAAAAUAAUGCACCAAACACUAUCAAUUCCAACGCUGUACAAAAUAAUGUGCAGUCGGGACAAAAUACUAACUUUCCUACCGACAUACAAACUCUUCCUGCAAACCUUCCCAACAAUGUACAAAAUGCUCUGCCAAUAGGACAGGGGCAACUUUCUAACACACCCGCUAAUACCGAAAAUGGUGUGCCAUUAGGACAGCUUGGCAAUCUUCCCAGUGGUGUUCAAAAUAGUUUGCCAUUCGGCCAAAUUACAAAUCUACCAUCCAAUGAAUUAAGCAAUAUACCAUUGGGUCUACCUUCAGUAUUGCCCAGCGAUGUUCAAAAUGGUGUGUUCAAUCUCCCGAGCAAUAUCCCAGAUAUAUCCAGUGCACCCAACAACCCUCAAGGACUUGAAAGUAUAGCUGCAGCGGGAGGACAAAUAUCAAAUAUUCCCAGCAGUGUUGGAGGAGGAUUACCGUCGGUAGUGCAAUCGCCAAAUAUUCCCAGCAGUGCUGGAGAAGGGUUACCGUCAGUAGGGCAAACGCCAAAUAUUCCCAGCAGUGUUGGAGGAUUACCAUCGGGAGGGCAAACGCCGAACAUUCCCAGCAAUGUUGGAGGAUUACCAUCGGGAGGGCAAACGCCAAAUAUUCCUAGCAGUGUUGGAGGCUCACCAGUAGGAGGACAAUCGCCAAGCAAUUCCAUCAGUGCGGGAGGAUGGCAAACUGGAGGACAGUGGUCAAACACUCCUAACAAUAUGGGAGUAUGGCCAGCAGGAGGACAGUGGUCAAACACUCCUAACAAUAUGGGAGGAUGGCCAGUCGGAGGACAAUGGUCAAACACUCCUAACAAUAUGGGAGGAUGGCCAGUAGGAGGACAAUGGUCUAACAAUCCGAACAAUAUGGGGGGAUGGCAAUCAGGAGGACAAAUGUCUAACAACCCAUGGACACAGUUAAUAAAUAUUCUCAGCACUAUGAUCCAGAAUAGUAAUGCUAACUCUGGAUCGCAAAGUGGUAAUAAUGGCAACACUGGAUCACAGAAUGGCAAUAAUGGUAAUACCGACCAAACCAACAUAUUUGGAUCACAAAACGGUAAUAAUGGCAACAGUGGAUCGCAGAUUGAUAAUAAUGGCAAUACUGGAUCACAAACUGGCAAUAAUGGCAACAGUGGAUCGCAAAUUGGUAAUAACGGCAGCUUAGGAUCACAGACUGGUAACAAUGGAAAUACUGGAUCACAAAGUGGCAAUGAUGGCAACAGUGGCCAAAAUAACUUCUUUGGAUCACAAAGCGGCAGUAAUGGCAACAGUGGAUCGCAAAUAGGUAAUAAUGGCAAUUUAGGAGCACAAAGUGGCAAUAAUGGAAACAAUGGCCAAAACAACAUCUUUGGAUCACAAAGUGGCAGUAGUGGCAACAGUGGAUCGCAAAUUGGUAAUAAUGGUAACUUUGGAUCACAAACUGGUAAUAAUGGAAAUAGUGGAUCACAAAAUGGCAACAACGGCCAAAACAACUUCUUUGGAUCUCAAAGCGGUAAUAAUGGCAACGGUGGAUCGCAAAUUGGUAAUAACGGAAACUUAGGAGCACAGACUGGUAAUAAUGUAAAUACUGGAUCACAAAGUGGCAAUAAUGGCAACAUCGGCCAAAACAACUUCUCUGGAUCACAAAACAGUAAUAACGGCAACAGUGGAUCGCAGAUUGGUAACAAUGGAAAUUCAGGAACACAGACUGGUAACAACGGCAACUCUGGAUCCCAAAGUGUCAAUAAUGGCAACACUGGCCUAAACAACAAUAUUUUGGGCCAGCAGGGUAGUUUACAAAACACACCUAAUGGUAUAGGUCCGAAUAUUGACGAAAUGAAUAUUGAGAGGCCUUGCCACGUGUCUUUUAAGGAGUGCAUUAAACAAUAUUUCUCUCAGCACGCUAAAUGUGAAGAAAAGUACGGCUCGGUACCGGACCCCUUGAUCAGAGCUGUCUCCACGACGUUCCUUACGAGACUAAACUUGACUUUAAGUGCUACUGAUGUCAUAUACUCAGGAUUGAAUGGAAAUAUUGAGGAGUUUUACAUCAACAAAGCCACAGAUAAAUUGGUGAUUACCAUCCAGUUCAGAAACGUGACUUUUUACUCCAAAGACACCUUCUACAGGUUCCAUCGCCGUGCUAAGGAGCCAGUGGUUAACGUGGACUACUUAUUCAUCAACUACCGGUCGGUCUCAACCACCACAGUAAUUCCAUGCAUCAACGACCUGCAGUUGGAUAAAAGCGAAACAUACGCGUACGUUGAUGAUGCAUCCCCUAGAUUCAACAUCGGACCUAAGGCAUUCGUUAGUUCAGAUCCAGGUGUAACCGGGACAUUACCAGCCCUAUUAGCGGACAUACCCACAGGUGUCCAGGAGUUCUUCUUAACCGAAGCACCAUUCUACGCUGCGGCUUAUAUACAACAUAGUAUUUGUGAUUUUGGUCUUAAUCUCUUGUAAUAU